UUUCUCUCUUCUCUAGGUAUGUGUUGUAUUUUUCCACGCAGACUUUCCAAAGAGAAGGAUUUGGUUGAGAGCAAGAAGAAAACAACAGCAUUAGGGAAACUCUUUCGGAAUAUGGGUCUUCGUAAAUCUGGCAGGAACAAGUUCUCCUAUAAACAGCAUCAAGGUGACCCAAAUGCCUAUGAAAUCACAAUGAAUGAUGAUGACCGAAUAGCGUUAAUGGUAAUGGUAAAAGAAGGCAAAAUAACCACAGAACAUGCACUAGAAGUGGUAAAACGGUUUGAGGAUCAUCGGCGACUGACUGGUGAGGGCGAUGAACAGAUCAAUGACCAGAUUUAUGGAAGUCGAGAGUCCCCAUUGUUAACCCAAGCUAGUGUCCAGACAAGAGGUCGAAGACAACACAGACCUGAAAUCACAAAACCCACCAAGUCUUCAUCAGAUCUAUACUCAGGUUCAUCACCUCGUUGUGAGAUAUGCCGUUCUCAGUCUCAAGAUGUAGAUGAUCGCAUGCGUUGGCCAGACAAUCGGGGAUCAUCCGAUUACCAAUGUACUGAACACCGGAGAGUCCAUAGUAUAGGCCAUAUGGAAUUCCACCAGUCACAAUCUCCAGAAUUCAUGAGGUCUAUAUCAUGCUCUCCAACACGUGGUGGCAGUAGCCAUACAGACAGCACAAAAUCAACUUCUGUGGGAGGGUCACCGUCACAUAGCCGUCUAUACUCUCCGGUACUUUAUUUAACAGGAGGCAACAAAGCCUCUGAUGAACAGCUUCUAAUCUCGCUCUCUCCAGCAGCCGAGGGGAAAGAUGAUGAUGCAUUAAAGAAAAACAGUAGUGGGGUUAGUAAAAGUGCAUCGGGUACUUCUUUAGACUCUGAUCUGUCAGCCGGGUGUACGUCACAUGGACCGUUACCCAAUGAAAUCGCAGCAACUCGAAAUGGGGACAUUGCAAAUUGCAGCAAUUCAACAAUGUCUGCAAGUUCCGAAACCUCUCCAGCCGGUGGACGUAAACCAGAAUCUUUACCGGCAAGAAUGAGGAACUUUGCUAGAAGCAAUAGUUACAGUACAGGUGAUGAUGGUAUGUCAUCUGACUACGACGAUCAUGAUGAAACAAAUAUGAGACUAAGUCAGAGUUGUCCACGAGGAAUGAUCACACAACGGUCAUUGAGUGUUAAUGACAGAAACAAAGAUUUGAGGAAUGACCUGAAAAAGAAACUGCUACGUUCUAAGGAGCCAAAUUACAGGUCACGGCAGAUGAACCAAGAUGUAUCCGAUGUCCAUGCUGUAACAGGAAGCCCAGAAAUAUUUAAUAGGUGCAAAUACCAAGUGACAAUUUCCCAGAAUUCCAUAGCCUCUACUGUAGAUGGCAUGCCUCUCUACUCUGGCCCAUUUUUAGGGCAGGCUAGGGUACAUACUGACUAUGACCCUGAGCCACAGGAGAAAGAUGCUUUAGUAUUAAGGAAAGGUGACAUUAUCCAAGUGAUGAGUAUGAUUCAGCCAGGAAUCUGGAAAGGUAUGUUGAGACAAAAAGUUGGUAACUUCCGGUUUUCACAUGUUGAAAUGAUUAGUGAUGACACUCCGCGUGGCCAACGCAAGGAGAGAAUUCAUCGAAGAAGGAACUCACAGCGGUCGAAACCACGUAAUGUUGAGGAACUGAUGCAGCGCAUUGGUUUAGAGCAUUUAACGAGUAUUUUCUUGUUGAAUGGAUACGACAAACUGGAAACGUUUGUUGAUAUCGAUGAAGAUGACCUCAGCGAGUUGAAUAUUCGUGAUACAGAACAACGUGCCAAACUUUUGACUGCAGCGGAGCUCCUUGUCGAUUGUAAUUCCCCUGAUAUUCUUGAUGUCCCAGCUAAAUGUGACAGCAACACUCCAGCUGACACCCCCUCUAGUCUGUCACCCCCAACCUUAUUUAACACUGAACCACCCCCUCCAAUGCCCAUUCAGCCCAUGAGUAGGGACUCAGGCUUCUAUGCUAGUAGUGACAAUUCACUCCACAAAGGUCAGCAAUCUGCUCGUCCUUCUGAUGAAGAUAUUCAUAAGAAGAAAAUGUUGGGUCAGUCUGCUACUGACAACAGUAUAUCGGAGGCAGAUGUAACAAACAAAGAUGAAAGCCAGCCGCAGAAAAGCAUUGCUUGUCAAACGGCUGGACAGACAGAACCCAGUACCAACUAUGAAAUCAGUGAUCUCGAAUUAUCUGCCGAGGACCGAGAGGUAUGUGAAAUUACAGAUGGAUUUGCUCAGAAAGAGAUCCGGGCUUCUCCAAAGAAAGCUACACCUCUCACUAGAGUCCAGCGCUGUUCAAGUGCCCAGCAGUCUGCACAGGAAAGUAUUGCCAAUGGAUAUAUCUCACAUUCCAGUUCUUUCUGUAACAUGACAGCAGAAUGCAGCCAUGUCAGCCCAAUGUUACAUCAUCUUAGUAAGAAGCAUGAGCAGCAUGGCCCGAUCAAUGUGGCUAUUGUUGACUGCAAGACGCCGAUACGCAGUUGUGGAUCGGAGGGAUCAGAUGGAACGCAGAGUGACCUCUCUGACAUUUCGCCCCACAGGAACUCAAAACCUGUUUCACUGAGAAAAUCAGCCAGCAAACUAUGUUCUGCUAAGACAAAUGGAAGUUUGGUGAUGAUGGAUAGAGUGGUAUCUCCAUCCUAUCACAUCAUACUUUCAGAUUCUUUGUCUUCAUCCCCAAUGGUUAAAAGGGAUGUGAGCACACAAAUGGACCCUUUCCGUAAAAAAGGCAACAGUGUUAAUGAGAACCAUCUGAGGACACAAAAGCUGAUUUAUGGAAGUAAACCACCAAUGUUUCUCGAAGGAGAUAACAUCCCCAAUCAAAUAUAUUUCCCUGGAACUUUGGGAAGAACUAUUGAAGGAAGUUAUUAUGGCAGCAAAGAUUCCCCCAACCGUACUAUUCCACGGCCACCGAAACCCCCCAGUCGAUCUUUAAUUCCACUAGUGAAGGCCAAGUUAUCUGAUGAGAAGAUUGAUCUUUCCUUAGAGCCUUACAGUGACAAGAAUGGUUACUGUGGCAUCCCGCCACUGUUGGUGCAACGCUAUGCUGAGGAACUGAGACAUGAUGUUUGGGGAAUUGCUGCUGUCAUGGAGCAAGUGAGAAUUUCUCAACUCCAGUCAUAUGGAAGGGAAGGAAUGACCAGUGAAUCAUUGGCCAAAGCCUGCCUAUCAUCAUGUGACCUGAAAAUAUCCUCAUUGAGAGAUUUUUUGAUCUCCAUUGGUCUGCCAAUGUAUGGUGAACAUCUCAUCAAGAUGGGAUUCUCUUCAAUGGAACGCUUGUUGUCCAUGACAGAUAAUGAUGUCCAGCGGGUAGUACAUGACACUCGGCAUAUCAAACGACUGAUGCAUGCAUUGGAGUGGGUUCGAUCACGCUUGGCAUCCCCAACGAGAAAAACUAAGAUUGCUUCCGUGAAAGACCAAGUAUAGAACCACAGGAUAAAUAGAUUUAAGAUGUAUCUUAAAGCAUACACAAAAAGAUACAUACACUUAUACAUGCAUAUGUACAUGCAUGUGCAUGCACACACUCACACACACACACACACACACACACACACACACACACACACACACACACACACACACACACACACACACACACACAUACAUACACAUGUGCUCACACAAUCAUAUACUCUCUCUUCUAGGCACAGGUUUUUAUCUUUCACAAUGUGACACUCAUGUAUAACAUGCAAUCUAUUCCUCUGUCACCUAUUCUGUUAAAAGCAACAUGGUGCCAACAUCCUACACACACACACACACACACACAAAUAUAUAUAUGUGUAUUAUAUGUAUGUGUACAUGAGUGUGUACAUGUGCCUAUAUAUAUAUAUAUAUAUAUAUAUAUAUAUGCCAGGUGGAUCUUGCAGGUCUGUGAAGAUGCAGGGCUACCUCUCUCAAAAUCAGCAAACAGAGAAUUUGACUGAAGAGGGUAGUUGUAGUUCUGUUGACAACAGAGAUCAAGGGAUCAAGAGGGUCUGGAGAGGACUAAGUGACUAAAAUGAAAAAUACAUAUAUAUAUACAUACUUACACACACACACACACACACACACAUAUAGAAAGAGAGAGAGUGAAAGAUACAUACAUAUGUGUGUGGGAGUAUAUGUAUAUUGCUUCCCAAUUACAAGGUCCAGGGUUUGAUCCUACUGCGUGGUAUCUUGGGCAAGCAUCUCGGAUUGAUCUGUGCCUUGUGAGUGAAAUUGGGAUGGUCUGUAUCAGUAAUUCAAAGAUCCAACCUUGUCACACACACACACCAUAUCAUGCUGAUUAUGCUGGAGAAUCACUUUUGAGAUAAAUGUGACCAUGGGAUAUUCAGCCACUUACAUGCUAAUUCAGGGAACGUGGAAAUUCAGUUGAGUGAACAACUGAAAACCCGUUACUCAUUGUCAGAAAUUCUGAUCAAGCUCCAUUAAUAUAUAUAUAUUUAUGUGUGUGCAUGAGUGUCUGUAUAUAUAUAUAUAUAUAUAUAUAUAUAUAUAUAUAUAUAUCCCAUUGUAACAAUGAUGAUAACUCCAGUAUUCCAGUGUGUAGAGAGAUAAAGAUCUUGUCUCUAAUUGAAACUCCAUUCUUCACCAAAGUAUCUAUUCUGUGGUGAGAUAAUGAUCUGCAAUUAUAGACAAGUGACUACCAUGUCAGUUAGCUGUAGGCAUGCAGCUAUAGUAUAUACUGACAAACUGUUCAAUUCUCGGUAAUUAGAACCCUAAAUAAUAAAAUAAACGGGGUCACUAAUUAGGUUUCGUCCUCCGUUGUUGUUCAUUGUGCCAUUUAACAGUGUUACUGCUGGACCAUUUCUGCGAUACUUCCAAGAGCAUGCCCAAACAUUUACUUUACAGCCACUCCCUGCAAAAGACAAGAGCCUUUUCCUCUAAAUCCCGACUGUCUGGACCCUAUGAAGGAGCCACAAUGAAAUUACUCGACCUGCUAGAAAAGCAGCUAAAUCUCCUUCAACCAGACCCUACCCUCUUAAAUAAUGGACAUUUAGGUAAUCUAAUACCUGAUAUAUAAAAUGACUGAAUGGUCACUUUUGGAAUGUAUCCGAUCAUUGAUGGAUUUGGGCAGAGCUGGUGCUAAACAACAACAACAACAACAACAACUAUUGUCCAUACAACCCUCUCCCCAACAUGUAACUUUUCAAACUGACCAUUCACUACACAAUCUUCCUUCUGGUUAUGUGUCUCUCCACUGACUGGACAGUGCAACAAAGAGGUAUUAAUCCACUACUCAUCACACAUCUUUAAUACAACUAUUUUAUAAAUUAAUGUUAUAGUUGAGGCAAGUUAGUUAGGUUUACAGAUUUGAGUAUCUUAAACCUGAGAGAAAUUGUGUGAAUAUAGUUCAGCUGUGUGGUAUGAUGUUACAGAUAGAUAGAUAGAUAUAGAUACAUGGAAGAAUAAAUAGGUAUUAAACAAUACACACACAUUUAUAUAUAUAUAUAUAUAUAUAACUUCUUGAAUCAAUGGUCAAAACAGACAAAAAAUCCAAAGAGCCAGAAAAUUUUCUAUGAGAUAAACUACUGUAGAGCAAAUGAUGAUAUCUUACAGAUUUAAUAAUAUUUUAGUAAAGAAACUCCAUUUUUACUAAUUCGAAGGUUCAUCUGAAAUACCAAGUUUCAGAUGAAGUUGCAAAUUAGUCAAAGUAGAGAUUUUUUUUUUUAUUCUGCUAAAAUAUUAAAUCUGUAAGAUACAAAUAUCUCUCUCUCUCUCUCUAUAUAUAUAUAUAUAUAGGGAUGGUUUUCUGAUUAGAUUCAUUUCAGUCAAGAGACAAACAGUAUAUGGGCAACAGUUGACUGACAAUAGGGGCUGCCACAACUGUCUUUCGUAUGUUUCUGGUACCAUUCUACACUCAGACAGAAAUAAUAAAAAACAAAGAUAAACAGAAACAAAACAAACUUCAUAGUUCUACACUACCACCUAUAUACACUAGUGUGUGUGUUUGUAUAAGUGUGUCUGCAUAUAUAAAUGUGUGUGUGUUUUUGUGUGUAUGUGUACACACACAAAAUACAUUUAUUUCACUCUGUCAUUCUCCAUGUGCAUCUGAACAUGUGUAUUUAAACACACAUCUAUGUAUGUAUAUAUAUACAUAUAUAUACAUAUAUAUAUGUAUAUAUAUAUAUAUAUAUAUAUAUUUGUUCAAAGCAAAUGGUUUACUCUGUUGCUACUUAGAAGUUUCACUAAUAUGCCUUCUUUCAGGUGCCCAAAUUGAAAAAAAAAAAAAGAUAAAAAAAAGAACUAAAAAACAUUGAUUGCUUUAUCACCUGAAGUAUUGCAUGUGGCAAGAAACUCAGAGCAGCAACUGAGUUAAACAUCAGCUUUGGGAAACAAAACAAAAAAAUUCUAACAUCUGUCAAGUACUUUUUCUCCUAAUCGUUUACCCAAAGUACACACACACACACACACAUGCACACACAUGUACACACACAUAUACAUAUGCAUACACACACAAACACACACGUCUAUAUAUAUGUGUGUGUGUGUGUGGGUGGGUGUUUGUGGAGUACUUGAUAUUCUGAAGAGCACAAGCCACUGUGACGAUUUUAAUCAAUUGACUCGGUUUAAAUAUUCAUUAUGUGAAAAAUGUACAGAGGCCACAGUGUAAUCACGAUCUUAAAAUCAUGCUGAUAUAAACAAUUAAUCAAUGAAUUAUGCUAAUUAAUUAAAUAAAUCAAUAAAGAAGUUGAUAAGGCAAACAAUGAAUGGAACGAAAUAGCUUUCAGUGGGUGAGAAUCAAAGAAAUAACUAUUAACAAAACUAAAGGGUAACAACAUUAAAUAGCACUCACAUAUACAUAUACAGGCAUACAUAUACGCAUAUAUGCAUGUGUAGGUAUAUAUGUAUGUAUAUACAUAUACGUGCGUGUGAGUAUAUGUAUAUAUGUUUAUGUAUAUAAGUGUAUAUACAAAUAUAUGUGUAUGUACAUGUGUGUGUGUGUGUGGUGUGUGUGUGUGUGUGUGUGUGUGUGUAUAUAUAUAUUCUUUUAUUCUUUUAUUUGUUUCAGUCAUUUGACUGCGGCCAUGCUGGAGCACCGCCUUUAGUCGAAUAAAUCAACCCCCAGGACUUAUUCUUUGUAAGCCUAUCGGUCUCUUUUGCUGAACCGCUAAGUUACAGGGACGUAAACACACCAACAUCGGUUGUCAAGUGAUGGUGGUGGGGGACACAAACACACAGACACACAAACAUAUACGCAUAUAUAUAUAUAUAUGUAUAUAUAUAUACAACAGGCUUCUUUCAGUUUCUGUCUACCAAAUCCGCUUACAUUGCUUUGGUUGGCCCAAGGCUAUGGUAGAAGACACUUGCUCAAGGUACCACGCAGUGGGACUGAAACUGGAACCAUGUGGUUGGUAAGCAAGCUAGUUGCCUCACGGUCACAUCUGCGUCUAUAUAUAUAAAUAAAUUUGAUCUCUUAUUAGUAUAAGUAACAGUGCUCAGUAAUUUCAAAUAAAAACUGUAGGAGUAGGAGCAAACCAGAAGAAAAGGAGAAGGAAUCACUUCCAUUGUAUUUUUAUUAGAAGCAUUGAAAUAUGAAUUGGCAACAGUACAUACAUAUUUGAUUAGUUGCUGAGGAAGAACAUUUCAAAAUGUGUCACACAUUCAUCUAUUCAAUUUUCAUUUCAAGAACACAUAGUUUCGUCGCGUCAUAUGAUAUCCCAUACCUUCAGUGUCAUAUGCAUAAAAUUCGCAUGAGCUAGCGUGAUGGCUGUUGUUAAUAAAUUUAUAUUGUUCAUGAAUAUUUUUAUGAUCUAUCUUUCAGGAUAUGGAAAAUCCAUUAUGUAGGGAGUAAAUUAUUUUAGCUAGUUUGUUGUUGUCAAUUCCCCAAUGAAUAUCAAAGGAAGCAUCUUUGCAAGAAUUCACGGAUUUUAAUCUUUUGUUACAAAUUUCAAAAUCUAUAAUAGAUUGUUGUCUUUCUGUAAAAGACAGAGAUCACACUUUCUGGUAUCAUUAUUAUAAUAGGACCUAGGGUUGGCAGAACUGUUAGCAUGCUGGGCAAAAUGUUUAGUGGCUUUUUGCCUGUCUUUAUGAUCUGAGUUCAUAAUUUGCCAGAGUCAACUUUGCCUUCCAUCCUUUCGGGGUCAAUGAAAUAAGUACCAGUUAAUCAAUUAUCCCCCUUCCCUAAAAUUUCAAGCCUUUUGCCUAUAGUAGAAAGGAUUAUUAUCGUAGGAUGCGUGUUCUAUAAUGAACCACUCGGUUUUACAAUUAUAAAACUGAGUAAAUUCAUUUAAAUUCCAGAUAUAUUUGAACGAGACAUCUAUUUGAGUACCUGAAUGUAUCCAUUCAGAAUCUUUUUUAAAAGAGAUUUUCAGUAAGCUCUAUAUUGCUUUUUUGUAUCACUUAUCUGCAAGUAAAUCCUUAGCUUGAUAAACUAAUGCUAUAGAAAGACAUAUAGCACUGAAGUAGCAGAUACUGAAAUUUCAUUGAGAAAAAUUUUGUGUGUUCAUGCUGGAAAUGUUUCUUCUGUUUAUACUGACUACAGAAGCAGCAGUGCAACUGGAACUCAACCAAAUGUUCUAUAAGGACAUAGUUUUCUUAUAAGGUUUAGGACAGUUUGUGCAACAAGAGAAUGAAGAUUUAAACUACAAAGAGGAUUAAACCAUAAAAUAUUUAGUUUCCAAUUUUUGCAUUUUUUGAUAUUAGCAUUGUACUGUGUAUAAUAUAUUGUAUAUUUGAAGUAAUAUUGCAUUGUUGUACUAAUGAGCAGCAUGGUUAAAGAAUUCUUCAACAGAGAUUAAGCUUGGAACCAUUUAUGUUAUCAAGUAAUUUACAAAUACCAACUAGCAAAAUUGUUUAUUUCCUAAAGAAAGAAUUUGUAAUGCCCUGAAAUAUAGAUAUAUAAAUAAGAAAAGAUGUUCAUUAAUACUAAAACAUUGUUAUCAAUGACCAACUUUCUUGUUCGUAUGUGAUUUAUACAUAUGGUACUGAACAUGGGGAAACAAAAUGUGUUUUUGCACAGUAACAGAUGGCAAUGCCGUGUGUUAUUUGCAUUAUAACUGAAUGGGUGAUUCAUUUUCUUAAGGUUGGCCUCAGCUAUAGAAUCUCAAUGUUUGCAAAUAUUUUUGCUUAUAUAUCAUCAUCAUACUGUUUUCCUACUUCAAUCAUUUGAAUAAUAAGUAACAUCACACUCAGUGCUACACAUCCAGAAAUUUCAACUUCUAAUAAAAUAUCUACUCUUCUUUGUGUAUUGAGUACUUUAUCCUAAACACAGACUUUCACCUUUACAAACACACACAGACACACACACAUGUAUGUUUGUACUCAGACAUACACACUCAUAAAUCAAUGUAUAUACACACGUAAAAACUGUGUAUAUAUAUUUUAGAUUUGUAGUCUUGACCAGAUAGAUAGAAAGGGGUAUUUAGAAUUAUGUAUGCGUGUGCACACACACACACACACACACACACACACACACAAAUAUACAUGCACACACAAAUACACAUGCACACACAAAGCCUCUCAAGUUGUUUGUUAUUCUGAAAUAUUUCACAAAAUUAAAAAGAAAAUAUAAAGAAAAAAGUAAAAAAAAAAAGAUUAUAAUCAGUGAAAAGGUGUGAUGCUGUAAAGGUUAAAAAAAAAAGCUAGCAGUAGAGUGCUGCCCUCUACUGCCAGCUCUAAAGAGUUAUGUACCCAUUGCAACGUCACCCUGCAAAUGACCAAUCAGAGCAGCUUUUCUGUAUCUCUUGAAUUUUUUGUUUUUUUUUUGCAUGAAAAGAAAGUAUACAAAGAUGUGAUAAUAAAUUAAAUUGAGGAAAAUUAAAAA